AUGGCUGCAUCUCAGGCCGCCAAUAUUGCAGAGAAGAUCGUGGGGCAUUCGGACAAUGCCACCAUUGAAACCGAUGUAAGCAACUACGCCAAGGGAGAUUCGGGACAAGAAACAGGGGAGAAGAUCAAGGCUACAGUAUGGCAGGGCAAGAACACCGUCGAGGUUGUUGAGAUGCCAAAGCCCAGAGUCAUCAAUGAAGGCGACGUCAUCGUCAAGAUCACCGGGAGUACAAUCUGUGGGAGUGACCUCCAUCUUUACCAUGGUGUCAUCCCCCAGCUCGAGAAAGGAGAUGUUCUCGGCCACGAGUUUUGCGGAGUGGUCGAGAGUGUAGGACCGACGGCGAAAAAGGUCAAGGUUGGGGAUCGCGUGGUAGCGGCUUUCCCCAUUGCCUGCGGCGAUUGUAACAAUUGUCAAAAGCAACUUACAUCGACAUGCGAGAGAACAAAUGAGAACACCAUCGAGAAUGUCAUGUAUGGUAAACGCACCUCAGGCAUGUUUGGAUAUAGCCAUUUCACUGGUGGGUUCGCCGGUGGUCAGGCCGAGUAUGUUCGCGUGCCCUACGGCGAUAUGAAUCUGCUGCAGCUACCGGAUGAUGUCCCAGAUGAAAAGGGCCUUUAUCUGUCGGACGUCCUAGCUACCUCCUAUCACUGCGUUGUAGACACCGGGGUGACGACCGGCGACAUCGUCGCGGUCUGGGGGGCAGGGCCGAUCGGGCAGAUGGUCGUGGAGUUCAGUUUUACUCAAGGAGCCAGUCGAGUUAUACUGAUUGACGGAGGAGAGGCAGCGUGGCGGUUGGACUUCGUGCAAUCUAAGAAUCCGAAGGUCGAGACGCUUGAUUUCAGUCAGCUACCACGAGGAGAGUCGAUCACAUCCCAGCUAAAGAAGAUGGUUCCCGGCGGCCCUGAUGUAGCCCUGGACUGCGCCGCGGGCGAAUAUGCUAAAGGAUGGGCACACUACUUUGAGAUGUUGCUGGGAAUGGAGACAGACACGUCCGAGUUGUUGAACGAAAUGAUUACCAGUGUCCGCCCCUUCGGACGCAUUGGUAUUACGGGAAUCUACGCUGGAUACACCAACCAUUUCAAUAUCGGAGCCGUUAUGCAAACCGGCAUCCGGUUGAUCGGCAACGGCCAGGCUCCGGUGCACAGAUACUGGCAGCAUCUGCUGGAACUUAUCCGACGCCAGGAUAUCAAUCCGCUGGAAAUGGUGACCCAUCGCGUGCGCCUGGAGGACAUGCCCCAGCUGUAUGCUCUGUUCGAGAGACGAGAGCACGGCCUACAGAAGGCUUUUGUCCAGACCAAGUUCUCGUUCCCUCCGUCUGCUGGGGCACCACGGUUGACGGAGUUGCAAGACGUCCUUUAG